ACUAACUGCACGCGCUUUUUCAAUCGCUCGCGUUUGACUGACGUCCAAAUCAUUACGUCACCGCAGUUGGUGGCUUCCAUGGUAACGGCUAAGUUCCACCGGGCUAGUUCACCUGCCUAAGUUCGGUUGCAGAUACAGUUGUAUCCGGGUAUUUUGGUGGCAUCGGUGAACGGACAGUUCAGCAGCUGGCCUUCCUUCCACCAUGGUCCGCUUGACCCUGGAGCUCAUUGCAAAAACCCAAAAUAAGAAGAAAAGGGGCCUCAACCUUAAGACUCUCACUCACCUUCACUUCUCCAGCAAAAAUAUAGAGGAGAUCGAUGAUUUCUCCGUGUGCAGAAACCUGACGGUUCUCUAUCUGUACGACAACCACAUCACACACAUUCCCAACCUUGACUUUGCCACCAAACUCACUGAGCUGUACAUGCAGAACAAUUGCAUCUGGUCCAUCAGAGGCCUCUCUGCGCUGCACAGUCUCACCAAACUGUAUCUUGGUGGGAACCGCAUUGCAGUGGUGGAAGGUUUGGAGCAGCUCACGGAGCUGAAGGAGCUGCGUGUGGAGAACCAGCGGCUGGCACCUGGGGAGAAGCUGCUCUUUGACCCCCCAACUCUGCACUCACUUGCUGAGUCGCUCUGCAUUCUGAACAUCAGUAAGAACAACAUCGAUCAAGUCCGAGAUCUGGCAGUGCUGAAGGAGCUGCAGCAUUUUUCAGCCUCUGAUAACCAACUGCACAACAUGAAGGAGUUAGAGAGCGUCUGCAGCCGCUGGCCUCAGCUGCUACACAUGGACUUACGUGGAAAUCCAGUUUGUAAAACUCAGAAGUACAGAGAUCGACUCAUCACUUCCUGUCUCAGAAUCCAGGUUUUGGACGGGUGUGAAAUCAAUGAGACCAACAGACAGUUUCUUAUUAAUUGGAAGGCGGUAAAAGUUGAGAAGAAGAGGCGACACAAACUGAGGAACGGAGACGCUGGAUCUGACCCCCUGAACUUCAGCUUCAACGUGGGUCAGGAUCCACAUCCUGGAGGCUCCUACAGCCACACUGACGCUGGGCCGCGAGCACUGCAGCCGGACUCUGUCAGGCUCCAACAGCUUCAGAUUUCAGUGGACGGACGUGUGAAUCCAGGCAGCGUCAUAAAUCCUCUGGAGCCAUUUUGAUGACACGUCAGUGGUUUUCCAUGCAGCUAUGAACAAAACACUAUCGAUACCCUCUGCAAAUGCAGAGGCUGGAGCAGAGGUUAGAAUUGGGAUGGACUGAAACAAGGCCACUGUGAGAGGCAUAGCGGAACCAAAAAACAAAGAUUAAAUUGACUCUUCAGUUGUGGUUUUGACAUUGUUUUGAACCAAUCAUGAGACAGGAAAUGGAAUUCAAAUCUAUUUUAUGAUGCAUUUUAAAUCUGCAAACAAGUGAAGAUAACCUUGAGCUUCAGGUGAAAAUCUGAUGCUGUAAUAAAAAACAAAACUUGCUUGUAAUCCGGAUGUAAUGCCUGUGUUUGAAGCGUCUGCCGACACGUGGCUGUGUAACCCGGGACAGACGUGGGGCUCAUUUGGGUUACCAGC